GUUGGGGGCAUCACUUCCGCUCCGGUUCCAUUCACUUCCCAUUGAAGGCCGGAACGAAUGAUGGAGCUGCAGUUGCACCUCGCCGUGUUUGCCACUUUUCUCAUCUGUUCCCAAACAUCCGAGCGCCAAAGUCUGGGGAGAGGAUUUGGAGACCAUAUUCAUUGGAGAACACUGGAUGAUGGUAAAAAAGAAGCGGAAGCCAGUGGUCUGCCGCUGAUGUUGAUUAUGCAUAAAAGCUGGUGCGGUGCUUGUACAGCACUGAAACCAAAGUUUGCUGAUUCCCAGGAAAUUUCAGAACUGGCACAUAAUUUUGUGAUGGUGAACACAGAGGAUGAAGAGGAACCAAAGGAUUCGGCCUUCAGCCCAGAUGGAGGCUACAUACCUAGGAUCUUAUUUUUGGAUUCUAAAGGUAACGUUCAUCCUGAGAUCAUUAAUCAACAGGGAAAUCCCAAAUACAAAUACUUCUACACAUCCGCUGACCAAGUGGUGUUUGCUAUGAAGGAAGCCCAGGAAAAGCUGACUGGAGAUGUGGCGACAGAACAUCGACAUACAGAUGAAUUUUGAGUUGAUCAGCCACUGGCAUCUGUACAUUGUUGGACAAAGGGGGGAUGUUAAACUUAUCCAACAUUUGCUGAUUUAUUAUUGUGAUAUUAUUUGAAGAUUUUUUUACUUGCUGAUCUUUAGAACCAGAGUAAAUCUAGAGGAUUUUCUUGAAUUUUUACAUCUUUGUGCAGAUCUUGUGUUUCUAAAAAAUACUGUUAAAGGGAUGGCAUUAAUAUUAAUAUGAGUGGAUUAAUACCCAUAUUCUGAUUGUAUUCUAAUGUAAUUCUAAAUAAUAUUACAGAAAUAUAAUUUUUUCGUAGGUCAAGAAAAAUUGAUGCCUAAAACUCAUUGUUUAGUGCAAUAACUCUGCUGUUGUAAUAUUUGUUAUAACAUGAUGUUUUUUCCAUGGAUUGACAAUGCCUUCCACCUUACUAGAGGUAAAUCCUUGGCAAAUAUUACCAGCGCAAUUCUUUCACUAAUCUGGUGAACUUUUAGAUUCUUUUCUGAAGCUACAUAUUCAGAAGUAUAAAGUAUUUCCUAUGACUUUGCUAAAACUCAGUAAAUGAUAAUCUGAGCUGUAUAUAGUGGGUGUAUUAGAGUAUAAUUCUGAAUAAUGUGUUUUGAAACAAAGAUUAGGGUUUAAGAAAAUUGAAGAUAUGAUUUUCAAUUCCUGAAUUCAAUUCUUGUGCUGUAGUUCUUGGACUUUAGCCAUGCUGUUCUAACUUUAAAAAUACUUAAUGCAUUUGUCUUAAAUCCCAACCUCUAACAGACGGACGGAUUGUAAUAAUUUAUAAUUUUCCAUUUUAUCAAAUGGGCCUGAUAAAAUAUUGUACUGGAUCAUGUUACAUUGUAGCAUAUAUAUUUUGUGAGGAUCAUGUGGAAUUAUUCUUGACAACUUGGAGACCUUCCAAUAUCAGUAUAUUUCUGAAUUCAAACGAUUUUGUGAUUUCUAAUGACAUGGCAGUCCUAAAUGUCCAAGGAGCUCUAUAAAAGUAACUAGUUUUAAUGUAGCUCCACCUAUCUGGAAGUGGAUCAAAAGUAUCUGGGUAUCAUUUAAGGCUACUUAUUUUGCAUAGCUUUAGCUAGUCAAAGUUUGAUCCUAGGACUGAUCCUGAGUGCCAAGAAAUUGGUUAAGAAAAAGUAUUUCCAAUAUUUUAUCAGUUUAGUAGAGUCCACAUGGGGCCGUGUCAGAAUAUUAUUUUUCUAUAUUUCCUCAUGUACAUCCUAUUUCCUAACAGCAAAGCAUGUAAUGUGGAACAUAUGUGACAUGGUCUAUCAUGAAAACUGCAAGAAUGAAGGUCUAAUCAAAGAGCCAAUGUAAUAUCUGAACUGUUUUAAACUAUUUAAUAUCCUGUCUUGUAUUAAAACCAAAUCAGAUGGUCUUGUAACAUUAAGCUUUUUCUGUAUGAAGGGAUUUCUUGAUGAUAUAAUGGUGCAGUGUAAAUAUAUUUGUAUUUUCUCAUUUUUUAUACAUCUUUUGGAAUGAAAAAUAUAAAUCUGAAA